UGCUGUCCCAAAGCUCCUCCUGGCUGUUUGGUGGAGAAUGGCGGGGGAGGGAGGCCUGACAAAGGGAGGGAGAGUGAAAGAAAUGAGACUGAAGGGACUGCCCUAGGAUCUGGGUGACCAGGGGAAGCUAGAACCAUAGGGUUGGCCUCUCUGGAACUGAGGGGGUGGAGGGCAGCCUGGAAGCCACUGAGCAGCUUCCUCCAAGCUUCCCCUCCCUAAUCUCCAGCCAAACAGCCCUCUGGGUCUAUCUCUUCUCUUCCCUCCAAACCCUGUCACUUGUCCCCUCUGGUUCCAUUUCAGGCAUGGACGGUCCAUCCCCUGCUGUCAGCCCAGUGGCCUCUUCCGGAGCCUCUGUGAGGGAGUUAGGACGCGUUGGUGCCGGUGAACAGGAGACCUGCCGUGUGGUUAGCCAGGCCUGACCCAGGGCUGAGGAAGCAGACAAGUCUGACAGCCCAUGGCCCCGGCGGGCCGCUGAGCCCGACCAUGGGCAGCCUGUACUCGGAGUACCUGAACACCAGCAAGGUCUGGGAACACUACAACUACACCAAGGAGACCCUGGAGACGCAGGAGACGCCCUCACGCCAGGCGGCCUCGGCCCUCAUCAUCCUCCUGUGCUGCACCAUCGUGGUGGAGAACCUCCUGGUGCUGGUGGCGGUGGCCCGCAACAGCAAGUUCCACUCGGCCAUGUACCUGUUCCUGGGCAACCUGGCCGCCUCGGACCUCCUGGCGGGCGUGGCCUUCAUCGCCAACACCUUGCUGUCCGGCCCCUUCACGCUCAAGCUGACCCCGGUGCAGUGGUUUGCCCGCGAGGGCUCGGCCUUCAUCACGCUGUCGGCCUCCGUCUUCAGCCUCCUGGCCAUCGCCAUCGAGCGCCACGUGGCCAUCGCCAAGGUCAAGCUGUACGGCAGCGACAAGAGCUGUCGCAUGCUGCUGCUCAUCGGGGCCUCCUGGCUCAUCUCGCUGGUUCUGGGCGGCCUGCCCAUCCUCGGCUGGAACUGCCUGGGCCGCCUGGAGGCCUGCUCCACCGUCCUGCCGCUCUACGCCAAGCAGUACGUGCUGUGCGUUGUCACGAUCUUCUCCGCCAUCCUGCUAGCUAUCGUCGUCCUGUACGUCCGCAUCUACUGCGUGGUCCGCUCCAGCCACAACGACCUGGACGGGGCGGGCCAGCAGACGCUGGCUCUGCUGAAGACGGUCACCAUCGUGCUGGGCGUCUUCAUCCUCUGCUGGCUGCCUGCCUUCAGCAUCCUGCUCCUGGACUACGCCUGCCCCGUCCGCACCUGCCCCGUCCUCUACAAAGCGCACUACUUCUUCGCCUUCGCCACCCUCAACUCGCUGCUCAACCCCGUCAUCUACACGUGGCGGAGCCGGGACCUGCGGCGGGAGGUCCUGCGGCCCCUGCAGUGCUGGCGGAGGGCAGCGGGGAUGCAGGGACGGCAGGACGGGACCCCGGGCCACCCCCUCCUGCCCGUCCGCAGCUCCAGCUCCCUGGAGAGGGGCACACCUAUGCCCACGUCGCCCACGUUUCUGGAGGGCAACACGGUGGUGUGAGGGGCGGUUGGGGCUGACGACCAGGAAGGUUACAUAAUCCAGGAGGCACCGUGCGGCCUUAGACGGUGAGGACCGGCUUCUGAGCCAGGCGUCCUCCUGGCGGACCUGGGUGAUGCCGAAAAUAUCUCAUGCUUGGCGUGGCCGGCGGAGGCGCUGACCGGUCAGUCGGCAGCGCUGCAGGGGGGCCCUGGAAGCCAGUGCUAUAUUCAUUUGAGUCCUUUAAAACUGGAUCCUAUCAAGGGUCGGGGUCACCCAGAGGGGUUCAGGGCAGAAGUUGACCACCAGGUACAAAGGAUUUCAUGUUGGCCUGACCCCCUCACUCCCUACCCUGCACCAAACCCUCCCUGUGAGCCUCCUGCCACCUCUCUGGGCAGGCUCAGGCUGGUCCUUUGGAACCCCUGCCCCCGGGGCCUGCAAUCACAGCUUCCCCAAAUCUCAUCAGUUGGUGCUCAGGCUGCUCCUUCCCGUUCCUGUCAGUCCAGGAGAUGCCCGGAAACCACGUGUGAGAUGUGGGGGGAAGGGCUGGCUCCCGUUCUCCACUCUCAGACCUCACCAGCCAGUUGCACUAUUCGGGGGCACCAAGGAUUAGAAAAACCGGUUUAGGGAGCUGAGGAAUUGGGGUUUCCCACUGGGGGGGCAAGGAAGAACUUAAAUAAAUUCUGGGGGAGAUGUUUGCACAGAGCCCCUCACCCCCCAAAACAACCCCCCAAAUACUUUCACGUCAAUACCUUCGCUCCCAACUCAGUCCCAGGUCUCCGAAGGGAGCGUGACCUGGAACCGAACCUGUGGGGUCUCCUUUCCAGGGUCUAGAAAAUGGACUAUAGGGGUGGGGUGGCCCAGGACAUUUUCUGGGGUGGUUCUCCCCAACCUGCCCCAGAAGGACUUUUGCUAAAUCCUGUGGACAGAUGGAAAGGACACGACAGUAGUUACGGUACAAACAUGUAUUUAUGUGUGUCAGCGUGUGUGUGUGUGUGUGUGUGUGUGCACGCGUGUGUCUGCAUCAUGUACCCCCCCCCACCAGCAUGGAUGCCGUUCUGUCUCCCUGCGUUCUGUGUCCGUAGCAAUGCUGCCAAAGUCGUGUGUGGGGCGGGCUCUGGCUUCACCCAGACCCCUGAGUAACCCCUGGCUCAUUUCCCGCUUGGAAGCUGGGGUUCACCUCAUCAGGGGGAGAGAAACCUCACGCCUCAGUGUAAUUUCAUGUGAAAUCAAAAACCGGGGAGGGUCUUUGGGGGGCACGGAGCCAAGCUUCCCAGAUGCCUGAGACCCAGACCCCGGCCAAUAAACGGUUCAGUUUCGCUUCCCGGA